CUCAGGCACAGACUGCUGCUCUGCUCAACAUUACUCCUGUAGAACUCGUCAGGCAUGCGGACUUUUCUGGGGGAAAUAUCAAGGAAGAGUUACAUUGCUUCUGUUCAAAACCUUACAGACGUUUGGAUAAGUUUGCAGAUUGACAACUAAAACACAAACGGGACUCAGAGACUCAGUAGAUUGAUCAAACCUGUGAAAGUGAAAGUACAGAUUGUCAACCAGUCAUAACCAGAGGGAAACUUUUACUUGGAUUGCAUUUAUUCUUUGAAAAUGGCCUCUAAACUAGAAGAGGAGAUAUCUUGUCCUGUGUGCACGGAGAUCUUCAAGGAUCCUGUCAUCCUGACCUGUAGUCACAGUGUGUGUAGAGUCUGUCUGCAGCAGUUCUGGGACACCAAAGGAUCCAGAGAAUGUCCGGUCUGCAGGAAUACAUCGCUGAAAGAUUCUCCCCUCCCAAAUCUGACUUUAAAGAACCUCUGUGAGGUUUACUUACAAGAGAGAGAUCAUACGGACGCACUCUGCAAAGAGCACAAAAGAAAACUGGAGCUCUUCUGCCAAGACGACAAACAGCUUGUGUGCCUGGUGUGUCUGUGCUCAAAAUUACACAAACAUCACAACUUCAGUCCUACUGUGGAAGCUGCCUGUGAGAUGAAGGAGGAGCUCAAGAACAAGCUGCAGCCUCUACAGGAGAAGCUGGAGGAGUUUGAGGAAGCUAAAGUGACCUGUGAUGAAACAGCUGAGUAUAUUAAGACUCAAGCCCAGAACACAGAAAAGCAGAUCAAGGAGGAGUUUGAGAAGCUUCACCAGUUUCUACGAGAUGAAGAGGCAGCCAGGAUAGCUGCACUGAGGGAGGAAGAGGAGCAGAAGAGUCAGAUGAUGAAGGAGAAGAUUGAGAAGAUGAGCAGAGAGAUCUCAUCUCUUUCAGACACAAUCAGAGCCAUAGAAGAGGAGAUGGGAGCUGAUGACAUCACAUUCCUGCAGGUAGGAACCAUCCACUGUCUGUAAGGGUGUCUAACUCUA